AAGACGGAUUCAUCUCACCAUGCAUUGCCACCACUACCAGAUCGACCAGGACAGGUCUGUAGGUCACGAGACCGAAGCCAGAGACCUUUUUCCAGGUUCUCACACCUCCAAAGGGAGUCAAGCAAAGGUUAGAAACACGAAUGGGGUGGAGCUCAGGCCCUGUGUUCAGAUGCAUGCGCGCGCGCGCACACACACACACCGAGGGCAGUGGCGGGGCACCCCAACUGCGCUCUUGGGCCAGGGACUCCAGAUUCUAGCAAAGGGCGGAGCUUCUCGGAAAGUGAGGGAAGGCGGGGCUGGCAGGAACCUUAGGGGAAGCAGGAAGCUCGGCUGGCGAGCGGACCGGACCUCACCGAAGCUCAGGCUGGCUCGCCAUGUCUGCGGGAGGCCCGCUCGUGGGAUCCGUGUCCCGGGACUUCUCCAAGUUCUCCCUACCGUUGGCCGCGCUCAACGUGGGAGUGCGGCGCCGUCUCUCGCUAUUCUUGAAUGUCCGGAUGCCGGUGGCGGCCGACUGGACCUUGCUGGCGGAGGAGAUGGGCUUCGAGUACUUGGAGAUCCGACAGCUGGAGACGCGCCCUGACCCCACGGGCAGUUUGUUGGAUGCCUGGCAGGGGCGCUCUGGCGCGACGGUCGGAAGACUGUUAGAGAUGCUGGCCACGCUGGACCGUGAGGAUAUACUGCGGGAGCUGUUGCCCCACAUCGAGAAUGACUGCAAGAAAUACAUAACGAAGCAGCAGAUGCAGGAGUCUGAGAAGCCCUUACAGGUGGCCAGAGUGGAAAGCAGUGUCCCACAAACAAAGGAGCUGGAGGGCAUCACCACUCUUGACGACCCGCUGGGACGAACACCAGAGCUUUUCGAUGCCUUCAUCUGCUACUGCCCCAAUGAUAUUGAGUUUGUGCAGGAGAUGAUCAGGCAGCUAGAACAGACAGACUAUCGGCUGAAGCUGUGUGUGUCUGACCGUGAUGUCCUGCCGGGCACCUGUGUCUGGUCCAUUGCCAGUGAGCUCAUUGAGAAAAGGUGUCGCCGGAUGGUGGUGGUUGUUUCUGAUGAUUACUUACAGAGCAAGGAGUGCGAUUUCCAGACCAAGUUUGCUCUCAGUCUCUCUCCAGGUGUCCAACAGAAGCGGCUGAUUCCCAUCAAAUACAAGGCGAUGAAGAAGGACUUCCCCAGUAUCCUGCGGUUCAUCACUAUCUGUGACUAUACCAACCCUUGCACCAAGUCCUGGUUCUGGACCCGCCUUGCCAAGGCUUUGUCUCUGCCCUGAAGAUGGCCCCAGGAGCUCUAGGUCUGUCAGCCUGCCCUUGCCUCCUCUGACCCUGUAGGAGGCAAUUUAUGGUCCACUCAUCCCUAGAGGUUCUAGCUGGACUUCCACAACAUCCAAACCCCAUCUGGACACCUUCCCUCAAGUCUUGGAUGGAAAGAGUGGCUGAAAGUGACUUUAUUGCUUGCUGGGUUGUCAGCAAGCACAAUGAUUACCAGGAUCAGUUGAGUCUAAGUAGAAGACCAGCUAAGUUACAUCUGAGCCAUCUUUGGCCUCAGUUUCUCUACCUGAGGAACAGGAUGUGGAGAUUGAACAGGAACAUGGGAAGACAUUGUUCUGGCUGAAGGAGAGCUGGUUAUUAUGGGACCACGAGACGACUUCCUCCUGUCUCCUGUCCGCCUCACUUUCCUGUCCCUCCUUUUACAGGGCAAUGCGGAGGUGAGCUCACUUUGACCCGGAUUCUCUGAAACUGUCCUAUCUGCAUCUUUAACCCCCUCAGUCUCAGUCCCACGUUUGGUGGUCACUGGUCUGGGUAACUGGGGUUGCUUUUCCCUCCCAUGUAGCCAUCCCUGUACACGUGUUUCAGUUUUGCCUUGCUUGAAGAGGCUCCUGUCCUCUGACAUGCCUGUCACUUAUAGUGGCCUCAGCAGGGCCACCAGGAUGAAUCUUCCUCUCUGGCCGACCAACACUGAGACUUUGUACCAACUUUCUGCACCUCCAUUACCUACUUGGUUAACAAGCAGCAAAUACAAAAAACGUCCUUUCCCUAGUGCUUGGAGUCUUGUUCAUGCAGAUGUAUGUAAAUACACACAUGCUCCUUUACACACAGAGAUAUCUGCAUAACGUGUUUACUUUGGGACAGCUCCCAAGAGUGGCUGAGUGGAAGAGUUCUACCAUAAAGGAGGCCUGGCCAUGUCCCUGGACAAAAAUGGGAUGCAUUUACUACAGGUGGCGCAUGCCUACAAUUCCAGCAUUUGUGAUAGGGGCAGGAGAAUCAGGAGUUCAAGGCUCGCCUUGGCUACACACCAAGUUUAAAGGCCAGCCUGGACUACAUGGCAGCCUAUCACACACACACACACACACACACACACACACACACAGCCAAAAAAAAAAAAGGAAAAAAAAAGAAAAAGAAGAAGAAGAAGAAGAAAAAGAUGGGACACUGUUAAUUUCUUCUCUCUUUUCUCUAAUCAUUGAAAGCAAAGUCUAGAAAGGCCCCAAAUGUGAGAGCAUUGUGUGCCUUCAGCAAAAUAAAGUUGAAAAAGGAGAAGCUGCCUCACACCACAGCUCGGCUGCUUCCUCCCUAGCAAGAUGGUUCCCACAUUCCUCUCAAGCUCUCUGUCAUGGAGGCAAUGCCUCUGGUCUCUGUGCUCGGCAUACCCAGGGUCCUGAAUCCAACAGAACAUGGGUCUCAGUGUCUGAGGCUGGAAUGGAGGCCCCUUUGCAUGACCUCACAAAGCGCUUCUGUGCUUGAUAUUGGGCAUUUUAGAGCAAUCUGGGAAAAAUAUCUUCUAUACCUGUUAUAUAGGUUUUAUGAGAACUUCAGUGAGAUAGGUGGGAUAAAGGCUCAUGUUUGCCAUUUGUAC